ACAGCAAUGUGCAAUGUUAGAAGCAAUCUCGAGAAAUAUGGGAUUAGCUUGGUGUCACGGGCUAAUCGGAAAGAAUUAGCCAAAAAAAUAUUGCAAUCUGACGAUGAACAGCUGAGCGAAGACAAUCGAUCACAGACCAAGGCUGAUAAAAGUUUGAAGCAUCUGCAGAAAGAGAAAUUGGUUCAAUCCCGGAAGAAUACAUGGAAGGAAUAUAAGAAGAAGUCUUCAAAUAAGCGAGCAGUCGAUUUUUCCGCGAGCGACUCAGAUGACGAAAUAAAAUACAUGUCCAGCAGUGAGCUGCGAAGCUCUUUGCAGAGAGAGAAAAGAAAAUGUCAAAAACUAAAGUUGGAAAAUAAUGAGCUACGGAAGCUUCGGGCAGAAGAUUUACUGCAAGACUUAACGAAUAUUGUUAAUACAGCACAAGCCGAUUUGCAAAAUUUGUCAAACAGUAUACACACUUUACUGCAAAAUGUGGAAAAGCACAAUACGAGAUGGCCAUCACUUACAAAACAAGAGGACUUAGACAACAUCAACGACUUGUUACAUAUUACCAAGUUUGAGUCUAAAUCCGAUAAUGAUGAAAACUUUUUAACACUACUCGAUACGGAGGACACGAGCAAUAGUAUUCAG